CGGAAGGCUGCCGCAAAGAAUGUUAUCUAGCUCGUAGUUUUGCGCAUCAGCGUGCGUCGCAUAUGGGACGUCAUCCGAAAGGGCCCUACUGGAGUCUUCCUCGUGGGGUAGGAGAGGGGGGGUGGAGGGGAGAGAGAGAGAGAGAGAACGUGUUUGUUAGCUGGGACUGUAGUGAAGAGACAAAAAGGAAGGAAAUGGCGGCGCUUAUCCCCGAGGAGCUGCUGCAAGCCGAUCGACUGUCUCCAGAGCCGGAACGGGGUGAGCAACUUCAGCAGCUGGGGAACGAGGAAGGGGCUAUUGCCUUAGUGGAAGCUGGAUCCGGAAAGCUGCAAAUAGCUGCUUUGGGUAAGAAGCGGAAGGAGGCAGCGUCUAUCCACAAAGGAAAGCCUAAAUCUGGGCGGGUAUGGAAAGACCCCGGCAAAAAGCGGUUUUCCCACAUGAUCCAGGAUAAGCCUUUACAUACUUCCUGGCAACAUAAAAUGAAAAUACGUCAGGAAAAGAAGUUGAUCAAAGAUUUUGCCCAGGAGCUGAAGGAACAAAAACAAAGGGAGCGUGAGGAGAAAAAACAGCGAAGGAGGGAUAACUUAAAAAGAAGGCUACAAAAUGAGAGGAAAGCGGAGGUUGUGCAAGUGAUUCGAAAUCCCUUAAAACUGAAGCGUGCAAAGAAGAAACAUUUGCGGCGCAUUGAGAAGCGCGACACACUGGCCUUGCUGCAGAACUCCCAGGCACAACUUAAACCAGCCAAGCAAUAAGAGAGCGGAAGUCUCUUUGGUAGCACAUUGAAAGACUUCUUGAAAUGCAAAAGUUGAGAGACAGAAUCCAGUGUACGAAGAGACGUUGCUAUAUUACAACUUUUUAUUUGGCUUCUCUUGCAAUCAGCAAUAGGACAUUCCAUGCAAAAUAUCUCAUUGUAUCCCAAUAAUUUAUCAUCUCAUAGCUUUGGCAUUAAAAGAACAAAUUUGGGGAGGACAGCUGGGAUGUUUGAAAAUGAGAAAAAGUCCUAAAGGAGUUAUUGCAAAAUCUACAGCUUCUAAAGACUAGACAUUUGAGUAUUGUGAGAAAAUGUAAUCCAUAUCACAUUUUUCUUUUUUAGUCCUGUACUUCCUUGUCACUAUUAAUCAAGGAAGCAGUUUUACAGCAAAAGAUUUAUUGGGUUAUAGCCAUUGCUGUAUAAAAGUAGAAGUAUACUCCUGUUUUGAUCCAUUUUUAAAAAACCAAAACUAAUUGUGGUUAUAUUGCUUAAUACUUAUUUAAAUGUAUGCAUAUAAAUCAUAUUGUGAUGUUCCUUCUUGCUUCGACUGUGAGAUAUAUAGCAUUUGAAAUUCUCUGCAAGUUCUUAAGCCAAAAUACUAAAAUAAUUACUUUCAGGAUAGUUCCUUUUACAGGUAGUCUUUGAAUGGUCUUACAACCAUUCAUUUAGUGACUGUUCAAAGUUACAACAGCAUUGAAAAAAGUGGCGUAUGAAUGUUUUCCACGCUUAUGACCCUUGCAGCAUCCCCAUGGCCAUGUGGUCAAAAUCCAGAAAUUUGGAAACUGGCAUGUUGCAAUGUCCUGGCAUUGUGAUAACCUUUUGCGAUCUUCUGACAAGCAAAGUCAAUGGGGAAGCCGGAUUCACUCAACAACU